UUAAAACAAUUAUAUCGUCUUUGGUCGACGUGGUGCUCUUCUUGGCUUAAGCGAAAGCAGAAGUGUAUUAUUCGAUUCUUGAAAAUAAAUAGAAAAUGACCUCGGCUUUAGAACCAGCCCGUGACAAGGCUUUACAAGAUUACCGUAAGAAGUUGUUGGAACACAAAGAAGUGGAGUCCAGACUGAAAGAACUAAGAGAAUCUUUGAAAGAAUUAACAAAACAGUUUGAUAAAUCUGAAAACGACUUAAAGGCACUUCAAAGCGUUGGUCAGAUUGUGGGUGAGGUGUUGAAGCAAUUGACAGAAGACAAAUUCAUCGUGAAAGCCACUAAUGGCCCCCGCUACGUUGUCGGAUGUCGUCGUCAGCUGGAUAAAUCUAAGCUAAAAUCUGGAACAAGAGUGGCGUUAGACAUGACUACUUUGACAAUUAUGCGAUAUUUGCCUCGUGAGGUAGACCCUCUCGUUUAUAACAUGUCGCACGAGGACCCGGGCGAGGUAACUUACUCUGCUAUCGGUGGUCUGUCGGAGCAGAUUCGCGAACUGCGGGAAGUUAUCGAGCUUCCGUUACUUAAUCCUGAACUGUUUCUGCGUGUAGGGAUCACUCCUCCAAAAGGAUGUUUGCUUUAUGGUCCACCUGGAACGGGAAAAACACUUCUGGCUCGUGCAGUAGCUUCGCAAUUAGAUGCAAACUUUCUCAAAGUGGUGUCGUCGGCAAUUGUAGACAAGUACAUCGGAGAAUCAGCUCGUUUAAUUAGAGAAAUGUUCAACUAUGCUCGUGAUCAUCAACCAUGCAUCAUUUUUAUGGACGAGAUUGAUGCCAUCGGAGGAAGACGUUUCUCCGAGGGAACUUCAGCCGACCGUGAGAUCCAACGCACGUUAAUGGAACUUCUUAAUCAGAUGGAUGGAUUUGACUCUCUUGGUCAGGUCAAGAUGAUUAUGGCCACCAAUCGGCCAGAUACUUUGGAUCCUGCUCUAUUGCGUCCUGGUCGUUUGGAUAGAAAAAUUGAAAUUCCACUGCCAAAUGAACAAGCCAGGUUGGAGAUAUUGAAAAUUCACGCUGGGCCUAUAGCCAAGCACGGCGAUAUUGACUAUGAGGCUGUAGUAAAACUUUCCGAUAAUUUCAAUGGAGCUGACUUGCGAAACGUUUGUACAGAAGCUGGCCUAUUCGCGAUACGCGCCGAGCGGGAGUAUGUCAUCCAGGAAGAUUUUAUGAAAGCUGUUCGGAAAGUAGCAGACAACAAACGUUUGGAAAGCAAGCUGGAUUAUAAACCAGUUUAAACAACACAUGUUUUGCGUUGUGUAAAUUUAUUAUGAACAAUAAAAGUUUUUAACACUAA